UGCAGGUUCACUGCUAGUACAUUGCUAGAUUCCGAGUAGUAGGCAUAGUACAUAACUGUAAGUGAAAUGAGGUGAACGACUGGCAUGACGGCCACGCGAGCUUGACAGGCGCGAGGCGACUUCACGACGACUCGUUUUCAAUUCUAGAAACUCCAAGCGUUUAUAUGUUCUCUGGAGGUCUACAGUCUGAUCGACGACACGAGACGAUCGAUGAAGUAACUGUUCGCUACGAGUACCAGUACUCUAAUAUCCACAAUCACUACAGUCGGCAGCAAUAAAGCGGAAAAGGAACGGUUCGGUUCACAGCGCCUCAUAACCGAGCAGCUUGAUCACCGUCCACACUACCAAAAAAUAUGGCUGCUUCCACGGAUCCUCCGGCCCUUCCAGUCGAGGGUGUGCUCUGGGUGACGACGAGUAUCAUGAACAAAGCACUGUCCCCAUCUGUCCUCGACACCUGGUACGACGAGCACAAGGACGACGUACUCAACUGUCCUGGCAACGGCGGCCUCUUUCUGCGGUACAAGAAUAUAGAUCAAACCUCCGAUGCAUACGUCGACCCUGGCUUCGGCGAUCGAAUCAACAACAAUAAUCAAGUCAACCCCGACGCGUCGGAGAAAAGUAUCGCUGCCGUGCAAUGGCCAUACCUUGCCCUGGUCAAGUUGAGCGAUUUGAACUGGUUGACGAGCCAACAAUUCCUCGACAUGCCCAGAGUCUCCAAGGUCUUGCCGCCCGAAGCGGAUGGGUCCAUGGGCAGCGCAUUUAGCUGCUGGCAUGCCGGGCUGCGGAGCUAUGAGACGAUCGCUAGGGAGGUAGCCAAUGAUAAGGACAGCAGCAGCAGGCCGAAAUACCUUUUGAGCGUGCAGACUCGCAACGCGGACGACGCGACAUGGGCCGCCCUCGAUAGCAAAUACACCACCUUACCUGGGUUCCGAGGUUCUGUCAAAUAUAGGAACGUCAACGGCCUGUUGGAGUAUCAGGAACCUGGAGCAUUGCCGCUUGGCCUGGCCAUCUACGAGUUUGACGGCGAACAGCCUCCGUCUCCGCCGACAACGGACGUGCAGGGUGUUGUCAGAUUGGAUGUGUGGAAGUUGACACUGGAGGCAGGUGACUUGUCGCUCUGUUUGUAAAUAGAUCCUGGGGCCAAUUUUCUAAACCAAUGAUAGCGUAUGAUAUGACAAUGGACUUGUUAGAACAAUUCUGUCGGCAAAUUCAUCUCCUGGGACAAGGAGUGAUAUCUUCCAAAUGAAGUGGGAGAACCAUCCACUGAAAAAUG